ACACAUAGUUUGAUUUUGCAAACGUUUUUAUUUUAUAAAAAAUAUCGUUUUAGGCCUGAAAUCUCAUAAUGCAAUUUUUAUCUUUAAGCUUCAUUCUUUCCAUAGUUUUAGCUAUAUAUAUUAUUCACACAAUAUGGACUUUAGCUGAAAUUUUCAUACCACCUGAGUGCGUUCGUGGCGAGAAAUGUUAUUCGUCAUUUUUAAUUUCUAAUCCAGUACAGCAUCUUGUUUUAUUUACUUCUGUGAAACAGUUUCCUCGCAUCGAUGGAUCCACAGCAGAAUCUGUAACGAAAGUUCAUACUUCUUUAAAAAUUGACUAUCGAAACCCGACAACUAUAGAUGUGAAUAUUAAAAUCCCUCGAAAAACUCGCAAUAAUGGCACAUUGUACAUGCAUGCAGUUUUGUUGGAUGAAAGCCGCUUAUAUAAGGAUUUUCGAGAGCUGCAUAAGACUGAGUCGAUGCAUACCUUACCACUAGUGACUUAUGUGGAACCCCAGGCUGCUACAUUUAAUUUGCUCAAUCAUAAUGAGGUUUUAGAGAAACCUGUUCAAAAAAGUAUAAAACCGUACUCACAUAUAACCACAUCAGUUCCUUUGUCAAUUCUGACUGAUAAUUUAAGUCUUCCUGCAAGAAUGCCUCCUGAGCUGCUGCAGUAUUUAAGAGUUCGGAAUGGAAAAUUUCUGCCGAUUAUUGUGCAUAAUGUAUUAAAGUCAAGAAUGUCACAUUUGAAACUGCUGAACAAUAGUAUGUCUGAUGUAAAUAUAACUGUUACUGUAAACCCAACAUCAUAUGGAACAUUACGAUUGGCUCUACAUGUGCGUUUGACAUUGGAAUUGCUGCACGGUCUCGGUUUUAGUGAAAAAGAUGUUGAUGAUGUUAAAGGAAUAUUUGAAGAUACAAAUCUAUAUUUGUUAUCAGCCACUGUGUUAAUAUCCAGUUUUCACUUAUUAUUUGACUUCUUGGCGUUUAAGAACGAUGUGUCGUUCUGGCGCAGUACACGCUCGCUGGCGGGCCUGUCCGCGCGCACGGUGCUGUGGCGAGCUUUCUCACAGCUUGUUAUAUUCUUCUAUCUAAUGGAUGAACAGACGUCUCUCUUAGUUCUCAUUCCUGCCGGUAUUAGUGCUGUUAUAGAGGUGUGGAAGGUGACAAAGGUGCUGCAUUUGCGCGUGUCAGUGGUGCGGUGGGGGGUGCGAGUGUGGCGCGAGGGGGGGGCGGACGCGGCUGAGCGCUGUACUGCGCGCGCCGACGCCGAGGCCAUGAGAUACCUCUCGAUCUUACUCUACCCUCUAUGUAUCGCCGGAGCUCUCUACUCACUAGUAUAUGAACCGCAUAAGAGCUGGUACUCCUGGGCGCUGCACAGUGUUGUGAACGGCGUGUACGCGUUUGGAUUCCUGUUCAUGUUGCCGCAACUGUUCGUCAACUACCGGCUGAGGUCUGUGGCGGCGCUGCCCUGGAGAGCCUUCAUGUACAAGGCCUUCAACACCUUCAUUGAUGACGUGUUCGCCUUCAUCAUCACAAUGCCCACCGCACACCGGGUGGCGUGCUUCAGAGAUGAUCUCGUCUUCCUCGUGUACCUCUAUCAGCGAUGGCUGUAUCCGGUGGACAAGUCGCGUACUGACACCGCUACAAGUAUGACUGACACACCCGAUGAAGAACCACUCAAACAGAAAGAAGAUUAGUGCAUUUAUUUUAAUUUUUUUUAUCGAGGC